AUGGAGGUGACCUGCCUUCUACUUCUGGCGCUGAUCCCCUUCCACUGCCGGGGACAAGGAGUCUACGCUCCCGCCCAGGCUCAGAUUGUCCACGCUGGCCAGGCAUGUGUGGUGAAGGAGGACAACAUCAGCGAGCGUGUCUAUACCAUCCGGGAGGGGGACACCCUCGUGCUGCAGUGCCUCGUCACGGGGCACCCUCGGCCCCAGGUGCGCUGGACCAAGACUGCGGGCAGCGCCUCGGACAAGUUCCAGGAGACAUCGGUGUUCAACGAGACGCUGCGCAUCGAGCGCAUCGCGCGCACGCAAGGCGGCCGCUACUACUGCAAGGCGGAGAACGGCGUGGGCGUGCCCGCCAUCAAGUCUAUCCGCGUGGACGUGCAGUACCUGGACGAGCCCGUGCUGACGGUGCACCAGACGGUGAGCGAUGUUCGAGGCAAUUUCUACCAGGAGAAGACGGUGUUCCUGCGCUGUACUGUCAACUCCAACCCACCUGCCCGCUUCAUCUGGAAGCGGGGCUCCGACACCCUGUCUCACAGCCAGGACAAUGGGGUCGACAUCUAUGAGCCCCUCUACACCCAGGGGGAGACCAAGGUCCUGAAGCUGAAGAACCUGCGGCCCCAGGACUAUGCCAGCUACACCUGCCAGGUGUCCGUACGCAACGUGUGCGGCAUCCCGGACAAGGCCAUCACCUUCCGGCUCACCAACACCACGGCACCACCAGCCCUGAAGCUGUCUGUGAAUGAAACUCUGGUGGUCAACCCGGGGGAGAAUGUGACAGUACAGUGUCUGCUGGCAGGCGGCGAUCCCUUACCCCAGCUGCAAUGGUCCCACGGGCAGGGCCCGCUGCCCCUGGGUGCUGUGGCCCAGAGUGGCACCCUCAGCAUCCCCUCAGUGCAGGCCCGGGACUCUGGCUACUACAACUGCACGGCCACCAACAAUGUGGGCAACCCUGCCAAGAAGACGGUCAACCUGCUGGUGCGAUCCAUGAAGAAUGCUACGUUCCAGAUCACCCCAGAUGUGAUCAAAGAGAGUGAGAACAUACAGCUGGGCCAGGACCUGAAGCUGUCGUGCCAUGUGGAUGCAGUACCCCAGGAGAAGGUGACCUACCAGUGGUUCAAGAAUGGCAAGCCGGCACGCAUGUCCAAGAGGCUGCUGGUGACCCGAAAUGACCCCGAGUUGCCUGCCGUCACGAGCAGCCUAGAGCUCAUUGACCUGCACUUCAGCGACUAUGGCACCUACUUGUGUGUGGCUUCCUUCCCAGGAGCACCUGUGCCUGACCUCAGCGUCGAGGUCAACAUCUCCUCUGAGACAGUGCCUCCCACCAUCAGCGUGCCCAAGGGCAGGGCCGUGGUCACAGUGCGGGAGGGCUCGCCCGCCGAGCUGCAGUGUGAGGUUCGAGGCAAGCCGCGGCCGCCGGUGCUCUGGUCCCGCGUGGACAAGGAGGCUGCGCUGCUGCCCUCGGGGCUGCCCCUGGAGGAGACCCCGGACGGGAAGCUGCGACUGGAGCACGUGAGCCGCGACAUGAGUGGGACCUACCGCUGCCAGACGGCUCGGUAUAAUGGCUUCAACGUGCGCCCCCGCGAGGCCCAGGUGCAGCUGAAUGUGCAGUUCCCGCCGGAGGUGGAGCCCAGCUCGCAGGAUGUGCGCCAAGCGCUGGGCCGGCCCGUGCUGCUGCGCUGCUCGCUGCUGCGGGGCAGCCCCCAGCGUAUCGCCUCGGCCGUGUGGCGCUUCAAAGGGCAGCUGCUGCCUCCGCCGCCCGCUGUCCCCGUCGCCGCCGAGGCCCCCGACCACUCCGAACUGCGCCUCGACGCCGUCACCCGCGACAGCAGCGGCAGCUACGAGUGCAGCAUCUCGAACGACGUUGGCUCGGCUGCCUGCCUUUUUCAGGUCUCGGCCAAAGCCUACAGCCCGGAGUUUUACUUCGACACCCCCAACCCCACCCGCAGCCACAAGCUGUCCAAGAACUACUCCUAUGUGCUGCAGUGGACCCAGAGGGAGCCCGAUGCUGUCGACCCCCUGCUCAACUACAGACUCAGUGUCCGCCAGUUGAAUCAGCACAACGCCAUGGUGAAGGCCAUCCCAGUGCGGCGCGUGGAGAAGGGGCAGCUGCUGGAGUACAUCCUGACUGACCUCCGUGUGCCCCACAGCUACGAGGUCCGCCUCACACCCUACACCACCUUCGGGGCUGGUGACAUGGCCUCCCGCAUCAUCCACUACACAGAGCCCAUCAACUCUCCCAACCUGUCAGACAACACCUGCCACUUUGAAGAUGAGAAGAUCUGUGGCUACACCCAGGACCUGACAGACAACUUUGACUGGACACGGCAGAAUGCCCUCAACCAGAAUCCCAAGCGCUCCCCCAACACUGGUCCCCCCACUGACAUCAGUGGCACCCCUGAGGGCUACUACAUGUUCAUCGAGACGUCAAGGCCCCGGGAGCUGGGGGACCGAGCCCGUUUGGUGAGUCCCUUGUACAAUGCCAGCGCUAAGUUCUACUGCGUCUCCUUUUUCUACCACAUGUACGGGAAGCACAUCGGCUCCCUCAACCUCCUGGUGCGGUCCCGGAACAAAGGGGGCCUCGACACGCACGCCUGGUCCCUCAGCGGCAAUAAGGGCAAUGUGUGGCAGCAGGUGCAUGUGCCCAUCAACCCCAGCGGGCCCUUCCAGAUUAUUUUUGAGGGGGUUCGAGGCUCUGGCUACCUGGGGGAUAUCGCCAUAGAUGAUGUCACACUGAAGAAGGGAGAGUGUCCCCGGAAGCAGAUGGAUCCCAAUAAAGUGGUGGUGAUGCCGGGCAGUGGAGCCCCCCGCCAGCCCCACCCACAGCUCUGGGGGCCCAUGAUCAUCUUCCUCUUGGCAUUGCAGAGAUGAUGAGAGCUGCGUGCCCCCCCCACCCCGCCCCCGGCACACCAAAGUGUCCACAUCGUACCAAAGACUGACCCCCGCCAGCCGGGGUGCCCAGGGGCAGGGCCGGCCCGCCAGGGAGGGGGCCUGCGUUGGCUGCGAGGAUGAGCAGAGAAACAAGGACAGAGACCCGGCGCUGAGACCCUGGAGCCGGUCGUUUGACACAUGCACACACGCACACACUCACACGCACACACACACAUAUAUUAAAGCACAAGUUUCUAUCCGACCGGCCAGCACCUUCUUUUCUGCGGAGACAAGGGACUCGCCGGAAUGGUGUCUACCACCCCAGGGACCUUGGCGCC